GGCUCUGCAGCCUGAGCAGCCCUUUUGGCACCCACGACCAGAUCGCAGACCGAUCGCCAUGGGGCCCACAGGGUUCUACAUCGACUGUACCGCUGGGUCGCUUGGGAUGCCUCAGUAUGAGCCUGGAGUGCCAAGCUGGGCUCCACCGAGCAAGUGCUCUUUGAACUGGAUGCCCUCCUUAGUGGAUGGUGGAGCAGCACGGAAUUGCCGCCCGCAUCCAGAGGAGUGCCGACGGAUUCUGAAGGCGUUGGAGAAGAAGAGCUUGCAACCGAGCGUCAUGUUUUGCCCACUGCAGGAUUUGGUCUUCCUACACUACAACGACGGAGACGCCUGGGAACGCUGCUGCAUCUCGGAGAACAUCUUCAACGGCCAGCUGAGCGCCAAGUGCGAGGCGCUCUACGAGAAGCCGCAGCCGGUGAUGGAGCCUGAGGAGCCGCCGGAGCCGAUGCCGGUGACGAAGACAGAGAAGAUCAUGGCGCAGGUGAAGUUAGUGGCCAGGCUGUCCAAAGAGAUCGCCUUGGAGAUGGCGGCAAAGUUGGGCUUUGGCGGUUGUGGAAAGGCGUGCAAGCCGGAUGGCUUCGUGGACCCUCCGCCGAUUUGUUUGAGCAACCCACGCAGACGCAGCCAUUGCGUCUACAUGGGCCGCCCUGGAGAGCUCUUCGCGAAGAAGCCCAUGGUGGGCGAAGCGGGCUACAAGGUGGUCGAGCUGUCGAUGCCGAUGCCUCCACCGGUCGCGCGAGCCCACGAGCCGCCUCCCUGGCGCACGUCAUCCGGGCGCGGGAAGACGUUUCUGUGAGAUCCGCGGCUUCGCCGACCACGAGGAAGCCGAAGAAAAGGGAGCCCCGGAGACGGUCUCGACCGGGUGGAAAGACAUUGGCAUGCUGAUUUAGAGU